AAAAAAAAACCUCAUUCAUUGCUCCUCCGUACCACGGGCGUUCUUUUGUUAUUUGAAGAGAGGGACGUCCGCUAAUUGCCUUUGCCAGGUUUCUGUGGAAUCUGCGUUCCUUGGUUGAAUACACUUGGCCCAGUGCUGCUCAACCCCGGACUGAUCUGCUUCCCCGCUCGCACGAGACCACCCUUAUAGAGAACUUGUUUACAGUAUGGCUCCUAGCCAGUCGACCCAAGGUGCAGGCCAUGCAUCGACAAGGUACAUUCCUCUGUCGUACACUCAUGCUGACUCCCAGGCUUCGGCAUUGAGGCUUGUCCUGGCUUUGCGACCGGAGUGGGAGCAUGCUGAAGGCAAGAUUGAAUUCGUGAGGUUCACCGAUGGCAUCACGAACACGCUGUUGAAAAUUAUCCGACGAGCCCCGGGUAUGACCGACGAGGAGAUUGACAAUGAAGCAGUGUUAAUGAGAGCCUACGGCAAUCAUACAGAGGUCCUCAUCGAUAGAGAAAAGGAAAUACGAUCCCAUGCCUUGCUUGCGUCGAAAGGCCUCGCUCCUCCCCUGCUAGCUCGGUUUAGGAAUGGCCUCCUGUAUCGCUUUAUCCGUGGACAGGUAGCCUCUCCGCAUGACCUUACCCAACCACAUAUCUGGCGGGCGGUUGCACGGCGGCUUGCCCAGUGGCAUGCCGUCCUCCCGAUCAAUGACUAUACCACUAAUCCAGUAAUCCCAGACUCCGCAAACGGGACUGCAACUCCCUUGGACAUUGUGGAUGGAAAUACGAACUGCUCUGUCGAAGUCGACGAUGACAUACACCCGGUCAAAGAGCAGGGAGAUGGAAUACCCACACUUUGGACCGUGUUGCAGAAGUGGAUUCUCGCUCUCCCCGUUACCACCGAUAAGGAACGUGAAAGACGAAAGCGGCUUCAGAAAGAGUUUGAAAGAAUUGUCGCGGAGUUAGACGAUCAGUCAGGCCUGGGAGAAAAUGGGCUGGUCUUCGCUCACUGCGACCUUUUAAGCGCGAAUGUUAUUCGACAGCCGAAGUCAGCCACGUCUAUUGCCUCUGAACAGGACUCGGUCGAAACUGUCAGCUUCAUUGACUACGAGUAUGCCACACCAUCGCCCGCAGCGUUCGAUAUUGCAAACCACUUCGCCGAGUGGGGUGGUUACGACUGUGAUUACAACAUGAUGCCCACGCGCUCCGUCCGCCGUGGAUUCCUCACAGAAUACGUCCAAAGCUACAGUAAAUAUGCAGAUUUGGGUCAAACCCAGGAAGAAGCUGUCGAGAAGCUGUUCCAGGACGUUGAUAGGUUCAGGGGAAUCCCCGGUUUCUAUUGGGGUGUAUGGGCGUUGAUCCAAGCGACGAUUUCGCAGAUCGACUUCGACUAUGCCAAUUACGCUGAAGAACGCCUUGGGGAGUAUUGGGCUUGGCGUCACGAAGUAGAUGGCACCCGCGCCAAAGCUGGCGAGGAGAUGCCGCUUCGAGAACGUCGUUGGGCCCAAGAAGCCUAGCAAAAAUCACUUCCAAACUGGGGAAACUAUCUCCAUCUUCCCUUUUGGAUUCUCGACGUUGUUCCCUUCUUUUUUUUUUUUUUAUCCCUUCCCUUUUUGCACUCGCUGAUCCUUCUUUUCCUCCGAUAAUGACACGUUUGGAGAGAACUUGGGGAGUUACACAACGUCGAAUCUCAACACCAUUUUUUCGGG